AUGAGCUCGUCACAACCGUACCAGAACCCUGACCCGGCUGUCGAGGCUCACGAAGAUCAAGACUACGGAUCUGAUCUUGCCAACGACGACAUCCAAGAGGUUGUAGCCGAGCACGACGCUGAGGGCGAUAUCCCCAUGGAUGGUGACAGCGACGAAGAUGAUCAAGACGAUCAACACCAAGGCGCCAGCGCUGACCAGGAGGAGUUCAUCGACAACUCGAUAGCCGCCUUUUACUCGCAUCGCAAAUCGGUCUUCUCUGUUUCGCUUCACCCGUCUUUCCCCAAUCCUCCAUUGGCGCUCAGCGGUGGUGAGGACGAUGGUGGAUGGAUUUGGAACACACAAGAUGGCUCUGAAGUGGCACGGCUUGGCGGUCACAACGACAGCGUCACCUCGGCCCUCUUCAAUGCUGCCGGUGACCUUGCUGCCACUGGUGGCAUGGAUGGCAAAGUUCGCAUCUGGCGCAAGAGAGGGCAAGACUUUCGAACCUGGGAGUUCCUCACCAAUCUCGAAGGCCCCGAUGAGGUCGUAUGGAUCGAUUGGCAUCCUAAAGGAAGUGUUUUGGUCGCAGGUGGCGCUGACUCGACUGUUUGGAUGUGGCAGUUGCCAAGCGGUAACGUCAUGAAAGUCUUCUCCGGCCACAGCGAUGCUGUUUCGUGCGGCAGCUUCACUCCUGAUGGCAAGAGGCUCAUUACUGGCUCCGAGGAUGGCACUUUGAUCAUCUGGGAUCCAAAAACUGCCGAGGUGGUCUCCAAAGUGCAGACUCACCUCGACGGCGGUCUCACCCAGCUGGCCGUCUCUCCAGACGCCAAGGUGGUCGUGAUCGGAGGCGCUGCUGGUGAUGUUCGUGUCAUCAACAUCGGUGCGCUCGACAAUGGAGGUGCUGCCUCUGUGGUUGCUUCCCUGACCGGACACGCCAAAGGGGAGUCGAUCGAAGGUAUUCAAUUUGUCGACGUCGGUGGUGGCAACCGCAUCGGCCACGUCAUCACCGCCUCCACAGAAGGCAAAGCCAUCGUUUGGGACCUUUCAUUGGCCAAGAUGCGCUGCGAAGUUGUUCAUGAUGCCGCCAUCACUGGUAUCGCCUUGCAUCCUGGCACCUCUCUCUUUUCAACAUCUUCGGCGGACCACACCAUCAAGACAUGGGACGCCAGGACCGGCGGCUGUGUCGCCACUCAGCAAGGUUUCACCGAUGGCGUUUUGGCACUGGCAGUAGGAAAGGACGAUGGCUUCACUCAAGGUGCUGAGACUGGCGGAAUUGGCGCUUACACCAAUGCGGCCAAUGCAAGGGGCUGGAAGCUCGUCGGAGCAGGCGACGAGGGCGUGGCUCUCGUUUUCCGUAUCUAA